AUUUGCAUUAUUUAUAGAGUCUCUACUCUCGCAUUCUUUGUCACAAAAAUAUUAAUACCAAUUAGCAACACAAAACAUCCUCAAAAAUGAAUCUUAGGUGUUUUAGUUUCAUCCCUUUUCUGCUGAUUCUCACAUUCACUUCCCAUGUAAGUGCCAAUUAUAAACAUUCCAAUUACAGAAGCUUCACAAACCAAUUUCUGAUUCCACAGAACAUUGCUCGAGUUGCGGUGGGGCAACAACCGUUAGUGUGGGACGAUAAGCUAAUGCAUUACGCACAAUGGUACGCGAACCAGAGGCGCGAUGACUGUGUCUUGGAACAUUCUAAUGGGCCAUAUGGUGAGAAUAUUUUUUGGGGUAGUGGUUUUGGGUGGAAUCCAGCACAAGCAGUGAGUGCUUGGGUGGAUGAAAAACAGUAUUACAAUUAUGGGCAAAAUUCUUGUGUUGAUGGAGAAAUGUGUGGACAUUAUACACAAAUUGUGUGGGGUAGCACUACCAAAGUUGGAUGUGCUAGUGUUGUGUGUUCUGAUAAUAAAGGUACUUUCAUGACUUGUAACUAUGAUCCUCCUGGAAAUUACUAUGGAGAGAGACCUUAUUGAAAGGAAAUGCCUAAAUCAAAAGGGGAUUGAAGAAAGCAUAGAGGCAAACACAGCUCAAUAAUGUUAUCAUAUAGGUUAAUAGCCAUAUCCUUAUUGUAUGUUUGGCAUGUGACUUUAUUGAUUGGAAACUGCCUCAUGUGCAUUAAAUUGUUUAACUCCUCUGUAUCUCAGUUUAUUAUUAAUGUUAAUGUACUUGUAUGUCUGCUUUUUAAUUAGUCUCACGUUUUUCUUUUUA